AUUCUGGAGAAGCUCCGUUAGAUUUCCAGAGGAAGGGGAUCCGACCAGAAGAAUAAAGAAAGCGCAAGGGGGAGAUAACGGUGUCAAAAAGUUCAUCCCUUCUUCUGUUUUUGUCUCCUCACAUGAAAGGUAAAAAGGGACGCGUGUGUUUGCCUUUGUCCUGUAGUUUCUUCCCACACUGAGAGGACUUACACCAUCAGAGGCGAUGAGAUGUGAGUGAGCUAUGCCUUGUGGAAAUGGACAGACUUUAACCAAGCGAAAACAUGGCGUCUGCGUCCCGAGGUUUAGCUUCUUUUCCACUCUGCUUGUGGCGCUCUGCUGCCUGGAGGCAUGGGGCUCCGGGCCGCAGGGGGACGGCGGCAGGAGCUGCAGCCCCUGUCCCGUUAACUGCAGCUGCGCGCUGGCGGGGCCCCAACCGUCCUGCGUCGUCAACUGCUCCAACAGCGGGCUGGAGAGGGCCCCGGCAGCGGCGGACAUCCCGCUGGCCACCAACGUGUUAGAUCUUUCCAAGAACCACAUCUCCUCCCUUGAUACCAGCCUGCUAGAUCGACUCACUGGCCUCCGAGAGCUGUAUCUUCAAGGGAACAGGAUCAAUGUUCUCCCCGGAGGAGUAUUCUGCUGUGGGCCACUGUCAAUCCUCGAUUUGAGCAACAACAAAAUCACCACCAUUGAAGAAAGAACAUGCGACAACCUAUGCAAUUUAACUCAAAUUGACUUGACCAGUAACCCCUUUGAGUGUGACUGUAAGCUGUUCCAACUGGUCAGCUGGCUCCAGCAGAAGGGGGUACGAGUUCGACCCCCAGAUGCCAUGCUCUGCAACCAACCUCCUAAGCUGCGACACCAACCCCUAAUCAAUGUCAGCUUGCUCACCUGUGGUCCGAACUAUGCAGCUUGUCUUGAGGACAGCAGCAGUGGAGGAGGGGGACGCAGUGAGCUUGUUAUUUUCUCAUCCUUCAAACCUGGAAACUACACACGUGAACAGUGUAAUAGCGUGUGUUUCGCUGCAUCACAUCGCUAUGGGGGCUUGGGGACGACGCACGAGUGUCUCUGCAGCACAAACUCAGAGCCAAACUUAAUUAGCAAAUCUCAGUGUUCUGCUGCCUGUACAGACCCCGAAGUUAUGAAGGAAUGUGGGUGGCCUCUGGCUCGAGAUGUGUUUGUGGUUGACUUCUCGGUCUCUCUGAAGCCCAUCCCGCUGCAAAGUGUUCACGACCACAUCAGUUUCUCCGCCGCCUCCUCUGUCACUCCGGUGACGCUGUCCUGGGACUUUGGUGACUUUUCAUCUCGAGUCAACACUACAGGAACAGGGCUCACAGCAACUCACAAAUAUGGACUUCCGGGACGUUAUGUGGUCAAUUUGAUGGCCUGGGCUGGACACAAGGAGGUGAGAGAGAAAAAAGUCUCUGCAAGUGGAGAAGUGACCGUGACACUUCCUCCCAAACUGGAGCUGCGCUGUCCUCCUCUUGCUGUGGCCAAUAAGAGCCUAGAGUUCACACUUGUCAGCUGGGGUGCGUUUGGCAUGGACGUGGACUGGAAGAUCACAAAGGAUGGUGUCCAAGUUGCCAAAGUUUCCCCUCACUGUCCAAACGAUGGGGUGCACCACGCUGAGUCCUCGCGCUGUUUCCAGAUUGUUCCAGGGGAGUUGAGCUGGACAGAUGCUCGACAACAGUGUUUAGACCGCGGCGGGGAUCUGGCUAUAGUCAAGAGAGAUGCACUGCGUAACCUGCUGGCACACAAAAUCACACAGGAGCGAGGUGUGUGGCUGGGAUUGAGUAAUGUCAACUCUCCGGGCAAGCUGCGCUGGGUGAACGACUCAGAGGCACAGGAGGGAGUGGAGGGCCUGCCGCCAUUCCGUGGAAAUGUGUGCGUGUCCCUCGAUCAGCGCGGUCAUACCAGUUCACACCUAUGCACUGCCAAGCGGGCCUAUGUCUGCCAGUACAGCCACCAAGUGCGUGUUCCAGAUGCAGGGAUCUACAUGGUCGGCCUUGCUCUGUUUCCUUCCCAUAAUCAUUUGCACCAUGCCCCAGCUGCUCAGCUCUCUACUCCCCAGCCUCCCGGCAGUGGUAUAGAGGUGCUGUUGUUCCCAGCUCUGAGCUUUGUUCAGCCAGGCCGUCUGUCCUCCUUAGAGUUUGUCACUCAGGAGCUCAGCUCACAAAUCCAUGUCAGAUUCCAGAUCUACAGACCUCACUGUCAUUAUCCCGGCCUGCACCUGCUACUGCCCAGUUGUGGAGGUCCAGUGUGUGCUCCGGUGGCUGUUUGUGUCCCCAAUGACACCAGGAGCAGUGAUCCACCCUCUUGCCCCAAACUAGAGCAGUGGUGUCCCUUCCAGCGCCAGUGCCUGCCCCUCUCUAGUCCCUGUCAGCCCUCUUCCUGUCCUAACUGCACUCAGGCUCACCGCCUUCCCCCUGGGGCGCUGAGGCCACGUUACACUCUGCAGAACGAGGUGGUCUUCACUCUACCAGCAGGACCAGCUGCACACAUACUGGUACAAGAACAAUUGGAGGACCUCCUGGUUUCCCGUGGUGAUGUAAUCGCCCUGCAGCACGACGCUGGCCCCGCCUCCCUUCUCCGCUGCCAAUCCACACCACACUCACUGUGGCGGCAACCCGUUUUAGCCCUUAACCAAUCAGAGUGGUUCUGGAUCAACAACACCAGACAGUCAACAGACGCCUCGGCCGACGACGACACUGACCCUUUGCCUGACCCGGAGCUUGAUGUGGAGGCGCUGGUGGUGGAUGGUGAAGGAGGCUGGCUGGAAGAAGUAGUUUGCCCCAUCAGAGUGCUCUAUGUGGGACGUAGUGAGACUCAGCUGCAGGGAGCACAGCUGUCUGCUGGUCUACCCCAGCCUGGACUCUACAGUGUGGUGGUAACUUCAGCUGAGCCAUCAUACCCAGGCUCAGCAUCAUGCCCGUUGCGCGUUGUGCCUCCGCUGGGCUUGACCAUCCUCCACCCCCCUGUCCGGAACGGCACCCUCUACCUGCAGCCCAACGACACCCGGCUGCUGCUCCGCGUCCAGUCUCGCUACGCCACCAAGGCCUCUUGUCGUGGUAGCAAUUGCAGUGUGACCUUCCAGCCCGACUGUCCCCCCGAGUUUUCUUCCAGCCCAGUGCUCUGUCAGCCUGGGCCGAGCUCCGGUUCCGGGGGCGAGGUCACAGAGCCCAGCCUAUAUGCGGUGCUGGAUCUGAGCCUGGGGAUGGAGGAGCAGAGGAGUCCAGUGCAGGUGGAGCUAGAGGCCCAUAAUAAUGUGACGGAGGCCAGCCUGACUGUGGUCAUCCAGCUGGAAGUGCCGCUCAGAGGACUGAUGGUGCAGCCGCACCCUGCACACCGGGUGCUGAUGGAGUCAGUAGUGAGUUACACAGCAUCAGUGCUUGAAGGCUCCAAUCCCACAUUUAAAUGGACAGUGGAUGACAAGCCCUAUUUCACCUAUUACAACACUGUCCUCAAUGUCAUCUACCAGCACUCUGCCAUCUACAAGCUCACCGUGACGGCCAUGAACCAUGUGAGCACCCUCACAGAGCAUUUCAACGUGACUGUGGACCAGCUGCAACCUAUGGCCAACCUCACAGUGAAGGGCGUGCCAGAUGUGGUUGGUCAGGGCUCCACUCAGACUCUUACCACCUCUGUGCUUGUCGACAUGUCUGUGGCCGCCACCUUCCGAUGGUCUUUUGGUGAUGGCGGAUAUAAGGAGUUUGAAUUCAAGCCUCCCUACGCCCCCUCCCUCCUCUGCCCCGAGUCACCCAAUCAGGUUCUCCUAAGCAACAAUGUCACCUAUAUCUACUCUCAGCCAGGAAUAUACACAGCGCUGGUGUCCGUGUCCAAUCGUUAUGAGAACAUCAGUCAGAGCAUCAACAUGAGUGUCUACAGCUUCCUCACACAUGUUGACAUACAAACAGAGCCGCGACUCCUCCUCACUGGCAAAUCAGCUGAUUUUGAAGCUCACCCUCUACCCUCACCCUAUGGCAUUCACUAUGACUGGCACUUUGGAGAUGAUUCUGCCCCGCUGCAAGGUCGCCGCGUAGCACACACCUAUCCACAGAGUGGCGUCUUUAUUGUCUGUGUGUCGGUAAAUAACACCAUCAGCUCUAAGGAAGUUUGUGCCGAGAUGUUUGUGUAUGAGGAGAUUGAAGAUUUAACAGCUGAAAGCUCCUCUCCUACAGAGCUUCACAGCCCUACUACAGUAUGGGCACGACUUGCAUCAGGUAAUAACAUCACAUGGACAUUCUCUAUGGGCGAUGGAGAGAUCUACAGAAAAUCUGAACCUCAUGUGUCACACAGAUAUAGCAAAGAUGGCAACUACACAGUAAAUGUGACUGCUGUGAAUGCUGUGAGCUCUGGCUGGACAAUCCUACCAGUGCAGGUGUUUGUCUUUCAAGUUGUGAGGAUGGAGCCAUCUGGAUGUGUCCAAGAGCGGACCCCCGUCAACUUUCAAGCCUGGGUGUCCGGUAACGCAUCGGCUCAUCUUUAUGAGUGGAGUUUCGGGGAUGGAAGCCCAAACGAGACACAUCAAGGUAACCCCAGGAUCUCACACACCUACUGGACAAGUGGGAAGUACCACCUCUCACUGCUUCUUUCCAGCGGGGUAAACAAGGCCACCAAGGCCAACUUCUUCAACUGGGUGUGUGUGCAGCCAGUCUUAACCAACAUCAGCCUUAACCUUGAGAAAUCACAUUACGCUGUUGGGGAGGAGAUCCUGUUCCAAGCCAGAGCUGAGCCAGAAUUCAACUACAGCUAUCAGUGGGACUUUGGUAAAGGGGAAGACCCUGUGCUCAUCCGUGGUUCUGGGAAUAUUGUGACAACGUAUAAAAACCCAGGUCAUUACGUGGUGACAGUCAUUGUCUUCAAUAACAUCUCCACCAGUAACACCAGUGUUGUGAUUGAGGUUCUGAUGCCCAUAGGACCAAUUAUUAUUCAACAUAAUGGCACUAAAUACAAUAACCUGACCCUUAGAGCACCAUACGCUUUUGCAACAUCUUCCUUGGCUUCCAAUGUCACUUACGCCUGGAACUUGGGAGAUGGGAAUGAGUUUACAGGCCAGAAUGUCGUCCACACCUACAACAUCUCGGGAAACUACAAUAUUACAGUGACAGCAGCCAACACAGUUAGCAGCAAUCACACUACUUUACCUGUUUUUGUGCUUGCACCGAUCUAUGGACUGACCGUCAACGCUAGUUUGGUGAAUGUCCCUCUCAAUGCCUCAGUCCACUUUGAGGCCCAAAUGGAGGAGGGAGAUGGUGUCCGGUUCUCUUGGAUCUUGUGUGACCGCUGCACCCCAAUCUUAGGGACCCACACCAUGUUCUACACCUUUCGCUCUGUUGGCACUUUCAACAUUAUCGUGACAGCAGAGAAUGACGUAGGAACGGCACAAGCAAGUAUCUUCCUGUUUGUCCAACGUGAGCUGGAAGGGCUGCAGAUUUUGGCAGAGGAGAUCGGAGGAGGUGGCGGAGGCACAGGAUUGGAUGGUUGCUGCUUUGCUACAAACCGUGUUCUCCACCUUCAAGCAGGGUUGAAGGAAGGAACCAACAUGACAUUUACUUGGAACCUCAUUAGAGAGCUAGAUCCCAUCAGCUCAAGCUUCAACGUAAGCGGGAAGACAGUGGAGGUGAAUUUCUCCACUCCAGGCCCAUGUGACAUCUUUCUACAGGCCGCCAACCUCCUGGGUCAGUUGUCCGUUAACAGAACCAUAUACUUCCUGGAACCAGUCAGAGUUGUGUACCUGCAGAUCAGCAACAAUCCAGUUGCAGUCAAUGCCCCAACUAACCUGACAGUAUUGACCAGUCGAGGCUCCAACCUGCAGUACCGCUGGACUGUGGAUGAUUACAAGCUGCAGUGGAACAAGCCCUUGAAGACACACACCUUCAUCAGUCAUGGACUAAAAAUAGUUACUGUGGAGGUCUUUAAUGAAGUUAGCUCAGAACUUGUAUCAGAGAUUGUCAGUGUCCAAGAAGUAAUUUCUGGGUUAGGGUUCACAGCUACCAAUGUGACGGUGCAGAGUUAUGUUGCAACAGGCGUCAGCGUCUGGCUCCAGGGUGAGGUACUGACAGGAACCAAUGUGACGUGGACAUGGCUGUUGGAAGGAAGAACAGAAACAGGAAGGAAAACUUCUCUGAUUUUCCAGGAGCCAAAAACAGCCAUUGUUACUCUGAAUGCCACCAAUGAUGUCAGUGGGCAAGUGGUUUCCAGAGAGUUCUUUGUUCAGGACAAGAUUCAGGGGUUGGAGCUAAGGGUAAGUAAGGAUUUGGCAGUAGUUGGUGAGAAAGUGGAGUUUACUGUUUCCAUGGCAGUGGGCUCGGACGUUCGUCUCAUCCUCAUCAUCAGCGGAGAUGCCACUGUUAACCUUCAACCCAACCAAACCUAUGUCCACACGUUCAGCAGAGUGAAUACGUACAUGGUGAAUCUCACCGCUCACAACCAGGUUAGUUUCAAGAGGCGCCAUCUCCAGGUCGAGGUGAUGGAGCCGGUACGUGGACUUUCCAUCCAGGGAAUCAGCGCAGCGAUCCCUGUUGGUGUAAAGAGAUUGUUUGUGGCCAACAUCCUGACAGGAAAACCUGUUAGUUUCCUGUGGACCUUUGAUCUAUACCCCCGCCACCAGGCAUCACAUAUGAUCAGAAAAGAGGUGUACUACACGCCAGAGGAAGCAGGUGUAUUGACCAUCUACCUGAAGGCCUUGAACGCAGUGCAUGCUCAGAACAUCACCAAGCACAUCUGGGUGCAGAACCUGCUGACGGCUGCCAUCCUGUAUGCAGCGCCUCGGGACACUUUUAUCAAUAAAACGGUGACCCUGAUGGCCUCUGUCAAACCCAAAUCAAAUUCGGUGGAGUGCUUGUGGGACUUUGGUGAUGGUUCUACUCCAGUUCACACCAACACCACAACUGUGGGUUAUGAGUACAGAGAUCCAGGACACUACCUGGUCCAAGUGAACUGCAGUAACCUGGUGAGCUGGGUCUUGGCGCAGGUGGAGGUAAACAUCAGCGUAUUAGAGUGUGAGGAGCCAGAAGUGCAGGUGGUUCAAGCCCCCCGCCUGGCCAUCUGGCGCUCCCAGUCCACUUUAGUAGAGGCCAGUGUGGACCUGAAAGGCUGCCUGCGCUACGGAGCUCAGUACCUCUGGCAGAUACUCUCGACACCCUCUUGUGAUAAUGACAAAGACAACCGUAUUCCCUCUGGGGUUGUGACUCAGCCCUCUCAGUCAUUGCUUGUCCCUGUAAUUCGCCUGCCGGCAGAGGUGGACAUGCGGCGACUUCAGCUGUCGUUGCCCAAAAUGACUCUGGCUGCAGGGAAGUACACUUUGGUGUUUUCUCUGUCAUAUGAAGGAGUGCCGCUAAGGAAAGCUGCCUGUCUGCAUUUGGGUGUCAUGGCUGCCAGGCUGAUGCCCAUCAUAGAAGGCGGCACCUACAGGGUGUGGUCGAGGACACAGGAUCUGCAGCUCAGUGCGGAGCAGUCCUACGACCCCAACAUGGAGCCAGACAACCAGUCACUACUCCACUACCACUGGGAGUGUCAAAGUACUUCGAAGGGUGCAGCGCACUGCUCCAGUCUGAACUUCGGCCUGGGCUCCAGCGGUCCGGUGCUGGGAAUCUCCGGCUCAGAGCUGGAGGCGGGCGUCGAAUACACUUUCAGACUGACCAUCAGCAAAGACGGCAUGGCACCAGAGUCCACCACGCAGACUGUGCUCGUCCAGAGCGGCCAUAUUCCCAUGGUGUAUCUGGAGUGUGUGUCCUGUAAGGCCCAGUCAAUCUACGAGGUCAGCCAGAACUCGUACGUCUACCUCAGAGGAACCUGCACCAACUGCCAGGGCUUUCACCGCGGGCGCUGGAGUGCCAUGACGCUGGAGAACGAUACUCUGGUCCUAGACUCCUCCUCCACUACAACAGGAAGUGACCGCAUGAACCUGGUGCUGCGGCAGGGCAUCCUACGCAACCAACAGUCCUACAUCUUCACCCUGCACGUGAACGACAGCAGUCUGGAUGGCGAAGGCGUCGCCUCCAUCACUAUGCACCACAAUAAUCCCCCGACUGGCGGGAAGUGUCACCUGACAGCGGGAGGUGAAGCGGGAAUGGAUUACGGGGACAGAGAUGGUGACUGGAGGAUAAGCACGCUGUUGGAUCGGGUGCACUUCAACUGCUCUGGUUACAGUGAUCUAGGGGUCUCAGAGACUCCUUUGCUCUACAGUCUACUGGUGACGCGCUGCAGAGAAGACUACUGCGAGGACUUCUGUGUGUAUAAAGGCAGCAGCCCGGAGCACUCUGCCUUCCUGCCCCCAGGCUUCAGCUCAGCCCAACACCGUGUAGCCGUAUCCAUCACAGUGGAGGACCACCAUGGAGCUGCCAUCACUGCACUCAACAAGUCCAUCGAGGUUGUGCUGCCAGAUCCGCCCCCUGAGUACAACAGCCUCCCCCAUUGGCUGACUGAGCUGACAGACAGCAAACUCAAAAAACUGUUGGAGCAGGGAGACUCCCAGAGGGUUAGAGAGUUAUCGUUGGCUCUUAUUACAGUCCUAAAUGAGUAUGAGCAGACCAGGGUUGCGAUAAGGGUGUCCCGAGAAGAGCGCAGUUACCGAGUCAGAGUCCGCAGCAACAUCACCAGAGCCCUGACCGCUCUUGACCUGACCACUGUUAACGACAUCCAGCAGACCUCCGCUGCAUUGGCUCAGUGCACGGCGGGGAGUCGAGAGUUUAUCUGUGAGGAGUGUCAGAACAGCACUCUGAACAAGCUGGAGUCCAUGCUUGAGAUACUGCAGACUGACACCAAGCAGGGCACUGUCACUCCUACUGAGAUAGCUGACAACAUCCUGAACAUCAUGGGUGAUUUGAUCCAUCAGGUCAGCCAGUCAGCAUCCCAGCCCACCUACGUGGAUUCCCCCUCACCCCUCUUCCCCACUUCUUACUCCCCCUCUGAGGUGCAUGGGGGCGCCCUGUUAGACCCCUCUCCCUCCUCAUUGGAACCACACCCUCUGCGAGUGGCAGCCAAAGCUUACAGCCUGUCGUCAGUCCUCAUGCUGAUCCUCAUGCACGCCCGUGUGCUCAACGAGGAGCCGCUCGUGCUGAGGGGAGCAGAGAUCGGUGCCACGGGAAAACUGGCAGACCCCCAGAGCCUGCUCUGCUACCACGGCAACAACAGUCCAGAGUGCGAGCGGUUCUCCAUCCCCCGGGCUUUCAACAACAGUCUUGGCAGAGGGGCUGCAGGAAACAGCAUCAUGCAGCUACUGUUUCAGGUGGAGUCUAACCCCUUCCCCUUUAACUAUGUGGCCAAUUAUACUGUCUCCACCGAGGUGGCAUCCAUGGAGUUCCGCACUGAAAACGGCACCCAGAUUCCCAUCUCCGGACUGGACGACAGCCAAGCCAUCACUGUUGCCAUUAACAAUGGAAGUAGUGGAACAGAAGCAGGUCCUGAGGGUUCUGGUGCUGGAGGGGUCCCCACAGCUGGAGCUGUUAACAUCAGCCACUGUGACUCCGUCAUCGUCAGGGUCAGCACGGGAAACACCAACAAACACGCAGGCCUGUUCGUGCAACUCAACUUCACCUCUCUGGAGGAUGCCAGCAAAAAAAAACAUAAAAGAAAAGAGGAACCUUACAUCACAGCCUACCUUCAUUCACAUGAAAGACCCAAUGAGUUCAACUGCACAGAGAGAAAACACAUCACACUUCGUAUGACCAGGGGACAAAAUCUUGACCACAGGAAAUACACCUUCUUCCUGUCGCCAGAGUCGUACGACACAACCCUGGACUAUUUUAUCAACGUGUCCACAGCCUGCAGGCCCAGCUCUCAGCCUGUGGGGGUUCAUCUGGAGGUUGGGGUGUUUGCCUCUUUGUGCCAGUACUUCAGUGAGAGUGAGAAGCAGUGGCGGACAGAUGGCAUGGUGCCCCUGGCAGAAACCAACGCCAGCAGAGCUGUUUGUCGCACGAGACACCUGACGGCCUUCGCUGCAGGCCUGUUUGUACCAGCCAACGCCAUCAGCUUUAAAGUGCCAGAGCGCUUUGGUGCACCAAGCCUGGUCAUCCUUUUGAUCUGUGUGUUGGGCGUACUGUGCUAUGUUGUGGCAGCAGCCAUCUUGCACAAAUUGGACCAGCUGGAUCUGCGCAGGGCUGGUGUGGUUCCACUCUGCGGCCGAGACGGACUCUUUAAGUACGAGAUUCAGGUCAAGACUGGCUGGAGCCGGGGGGCUGGCACCACGGCUCAUGUGGGAAUCAGUUUGUACGGACGUGAGAGAAGCAGCGGACACCGCCAUCUCGACAGCAGGGGAGCUUUCACACGCAAUGCUCUUGACAUCUUUCAUAUUGCCACGGAUUCCAGCCUGGGCAGUGUCUGGAAAAUACGAAUUUGGCAUGACAACAAGGGUCUGUCCCCAGCGUGGAUGUUACAGUACGUUUUGGUCAAAGACUUGCAGACAGGAAGCAGCUACUACUUCCUGGCUGAGGAGUGGCUCUCAGUCGACAACGAGAGAACUGACGGGCGGGUAGAAAUUGAGGUGGAGGCCUCAGAGGAGGCUGUGCUUCGCCAGCUGCCCCGCCUCCUGCGGUGUGAGCUGCAGAGGGCGCUGUGUGAGAGUCACCUGUGGCUGUCGCUGUGGGAGAGACCCCCCCGCAGCCCUUUCACUCGCCUGCAGAGGGCCACUUGCUGCGCCGUGUUGCUGCAGCUUUUUAUACUGGCCAACACUCUGUGGUACAGCAUUGUGGUGGACAAGAGAUACAGCCCGAGGGCCGUGUCGAGGUUCGCUUCAUUAAAUGGAGAGACGGUGGCAGCGGGCAUGGUGACCUGUCUGAUCGUCUACCCUCUCUACCUGCUCGUCUUCACGCUCUUCAGAAUGAGCCGCAGCAAGUGUGUGUCUGUGGAGCAGGUGCCACCACAGGUGGACCAGGAGUCAGUGGAGAUUGAUGACUUUCUGGAUAACUCCAUGGCUGGAAGUUCCUUCCUCUUUUUUAAUGGCGAGACCAACUCAGAGGAAACCAAUGUGGAUUUGCCCACUCCAUCAACCAAAAGUGUGGAGAGUUGGGGAAUGGCAGAGGAGGAGCUGGAGGACAGGGAUUGGUCGGAGCUGUUGAGUGAUGUGUCUGUAGUGGGAGGGGCGGGGCAUGGGGCAGGGCUGCCCAGGCUGAAGAGGGGUCAGGGGAGCAGGCACCUGGGUGUCGACAUGACAUUUAACCCUGACGACGAGGAGGGGCCUGAUCAACGCAACAAGUAUUUCACCUCCUCAGACGAGGAUCUGAUCAAACACAUCCUGACAGAUGGACAGAACUUCUUUCCUCAGGCAGAUGAAAGUGAGAUGGCUGACCUGUCGAGCAUUUUAGGAGAUAAGACUGAAGUGAUUUUCCUCCAGAAGAUGAAUGAGCCUCUUCCUCUAGAAUCUGGGAGAAGAGACCCACCAAAAACUGCUUUCACCUCAAAUACAGUUGUGACAGACGUGUGUCGUCCCAGACGGUUUCCUCCCUGGUGUGGACGUGCUGCCCUGUGGGGCAGCUGGGCAGGGAUCGCUCUGGCCAGUGGUGUUUCCAUUUGGGCGGGCCACGGGUUCAGUCAAAGUGUGGCCAUGAUGUGGCUCAUCUCAUGUUUUGCCAGUUUCCUGUGCUCCUGCCUGCUGCUGGAGCCAAUAAAGGUGUUGUGUGAGGCAGUUUAUUAUGCAGUGCUUGUGCAUCGCCUGCGUCCAGAGGAGCAGGAUGUGCUGGUGGAGUUCCCCCGGGUGGAGAGAGUAGUCCAGCGUGUCCCCAGGGUGAGACCGCCGCAGGGCUUUGCUCUGUCUCAGGCUCGACAUCAGGCCCGCAAGGUCCACAUGCUACACACCAUGCUGAAGAAUUUCCUGGUUUACAUGUUUUUCCUGUUGGUGGUUUUGCUUCUCAACUACUCUGAUUCGGCCAAAGAGACACACAGCCUGAGACUACGCACUCAGCUUCAACGAGCACUACACACACCUGAGUACCACAAUAUCAGCAGCCGAGAUGAUGUUCUGAUGUGGCUGAAUGAGUCCCUGUUGCCACGGCUACUGGAUGACUCCGCCCUCUUGAGAGACACAGGAAGUGUGUUACUUGGCACGCUGAGACUCCGUCAAAUCCGUGACACUCAGGCUGCAGGUGGUUCCAGCAUAGGAGACAAUAUUUGGGGAAAGGACUGGGUUACAUCACCAGCUGAACACCCUGAGAAUUUCACUGCUUCUGGAGCUAACAACACAAACUGGGUGUGGCGUUUAGGUCAGAUGGGGAUGAAUAACAGUGGAGAUGUUGUCCACCAGCUAAACAGAAGCCUGGAGGAGGCCUCUUCCUCCUUACAGCAGCUGCAGCAGCUGCACUGGCUCGACUACAGGACCCGUGCUGUGUUCGUGGAGUUCUCGCUUUACAACAUCAACACAAACCUCCUGGCUGUCUUCUCCUUCCUGUUUGAGUUUCCAGUUUCUGAGCGUGCCCAGUCCAGCCUUGACCUCCUUGUCAUCACUCUUUGGCCAAUCACAGGCCUGGACCUGCAGCUCCUUCUCAUGAUUGUCCUCCUCGCCCUGGUGUUGUAUUUCUUAGUGCGAGGGAUCUUGGGUUUCCUCAGAGAAGGUUACGUGUAUUUGCUGUCAGCCUGGAGACUUCUGGGCAUCUGCAAACUGGCUCUGGCGGCGUGUGUGUGUGGGCUGCACCUCAGCCGCUGCACCAUGGCCACGCAGCAGUGGGCGUCAUACAUGAAGCACCCGCGAGACGCUUUCACAGACUUCUACCCCCUGGCUAGACAGAGUCAGAUGUACACGGUCAUGUCUGCCUUGCUGCUGUUCAUACUGGUGCUCAAGGCGUCCCACCAGUUGAGGUUUCUCAGAGAGUGGGCCGUGUUUGGCCGAGCUCUGCGGCGUUCAGUCUGGGAGCUGCUGGGAGUCGCCCUGGCAUUACUGCUGUUGGUGCUGGCUUACUCACACACAGGACACCUGCUCUUCCACUCAGUAUUGGACGGUUACGGCAGUGUGAGCUCUGCCUGUCUGUCUUUGUUGGGCGCCGGAGGACGUGGUCUGCUAUCAUGGCGUUCUAACUGGACGACUACCGGUCCCUCUAGCACCGUCUCCUCGCUGUUUUUCCACGCAAGCUUUGCCGUACUUCGACUGGUGUUGCUGUGGUUGGUCACCGCUGUGUUACUGAGGAACUACCGGCGUGCACGUGCAGAGCUGUACCGUCCAGCUGUGGAUCUCCAAGACUACGAGAUGGUUGAACUGUUCCUCAGACGACUUAAAAUGUGGAUGGGACUCAGCAGGGCCAAGGAGUUUCGCCAUAAGGUGCGUUUCGAGGGAAUGGAGCUGCCACCGUCCCGUUCGUCCUCCACCAGCGACUGUAAGUCCCUGUGCUUGCCACCACUGGAUGGUCCUGACUCCCCUCCCACCCCAGACAGCGUCGAUGCUGGCUCUGAGGCCUCGUGGCGCCCAACCUCCUCCAGCCCCUGCAGCCUGACAGAAGCCCCGGGGAUCGGCCUGGGGCUCGGGUUGGGCCUGGGUUUGGGACUAGGUCCAGGAGUCGUGAUGGGAAGUACCAGCUGGAGGGAGACGGCAGAGACUGAAGCCUCUCUGAAGAGGCUUCUCCCCACCCUGGACGCCCUGCUGCAACAGCUUGACCGUGUCACCAUGGCAACAGAGGAUCUGUACCACAUCGAGUGCAGACUGGAGCGAGCCCAGAGGAAAAGGAGGCGUAGAGGGAGAGAGAGAGGAGGUGCUGGCGGUCAAGGAGGGAGGAGUGAGGCAGGACAGAGAGGGAAGGGGGAGGACAAGGACUCUGCUGGAUGGAGAGAACGAAAGAGUGGCAAAGAAAAACACAAAGGGAGCAAGAAGGGGAAAAAGACAGAUAAAAGUGAACUUCCAAAGGAGUGUGGAAACACUGCCGCCACCCCCAAAAAGACUCCAGUAGCCACACCUGUCCCCUUUUUAAAGCCCAGACCAGCUUCUGCUACUACCCAACCGCCUGCUCCUAAAUCAUCUGCCAAACCUUCAGUCAGUGCACCUCCACCUGCUCCAGUCACAGGAAAAUCUGCCUCUGACUCCUCCUCUCUCCCCCUCUCAUCAUCAAAAACACCCCUUUCCCAUGUCCCACUGCCUAAAACACCCAUUGCACCUCCAUGUACCCCUGCACCUACCCCUUCCUUGCCAUCUACCCCUGCCCCUACGCCUAUUACCCGGGACUGGGAUCCCCCCACGGAGAGAGAGACCCUCCCCUCCUCCAGCCUGUUCAACCACCCAGCUCACACUACCACCAUUCCUACGCGCAAGCGAAAACGCAAACCCCCACCCCUCAAAAACAAGGUGCACCCCAACUUAGACAGGCAGGGCCCUGGACACCCCAAAUCCUGAGGACUGUGGUUAGAGGGACGGACAGAAAGGUGGGGCAAAAGAACGCGAGAGGAAAUGUUGGGUUAAGGACGAGAGGAGGACGGGGGCAGCAGGUUUUGCCCCCAGGUGCUCCUCUCUAAACCCACGGAAAGGAGAGAAAAAUAGUGGAUGUGAAAGUAAUAGGACAAGUACAAGAAGAAGGCAAGAAGAAUCACAGAGACGAGCAGUUUGGGGUAUUAAAAGAUUAACAGAAAGCAAUAAAAUAAGACUUUGCAGGUUUAUAGCAUUGAUCCAUCCAAAUCCCAGUUCAGUUCUCACAGAAACAAGGUGCAGGCCACCAGAUGUUAACUGAGCUGGUUUAGUCAGCCAAGUAAAGGUCAAUAUUGAAACCAAGAAAUACUCCUUUUCCUUAUUUCCCCUGACUGAACCUAAACCCCUGAUCCCACGUGACCCUGGAGGUCACGUGGGGUCACUGACAGGAGCACAUGAGCCUGCUCACCCAAGGACUUAACCAACUGAAAGCGGAUAAUGCAAUCAGUCUUUUUGUGUAUCUCAGAAAAUUGUGUCGAUUUCUCAGUUAUGUUGUCUACAUAUUUUUUUAUAUUUUAUAUUUCGGUCACCAUGGGUACUUGUGGCCUGUCUGAAAAUAGUCAUGUUUUAUGGACCCACGCACAUGCAGGUAUACACAUGCAUAGAAAUAACACUGUAGGCACAGACGCGCUAAUUGUAAUGUGCCACACACUUCAGCCCACUGAGGUACAAGAGAUAACAAAAUUAAGCAUGCACAAACAUACACAAACACACACACACACACACACACACACACACACACACACACACACACACACACACUCAAGGUUGUUGGGAUCCCAGCAGCCAUUUCUUCAGGGUGCAGAUAUAACCGUCCUCUCCAUACUGGACAUGUGUUAAGAAAUGAAAAAGAUAAAGGGAAGCCACAUGUAGUGACAAGAAGGAGGUGUAGCAGCACAGAACAAAGUAGCGUUGGAGUGUAAGAAGAAGGGUAAAGGUGAAGAAGUUAGAUAAAAGUUGAGGAAAAGGGAUUUGUCUUUGCUUAUACAGUACUGAACAUUUACACAAGUUCUCCCAUCAUGAAGCUAUAAUGACUCCCAGUCUGAUUACCUUUUCAAAAUGUUUUUUUUCUAAUGUGUAAGUUGUGUUCAAUAUGGUUGUGAUUUAAAAGCACUUUUGUUCUGAUGUAGAUUGUUGGGUUUUUUUGGUGAAGUGCGGUGUAAAAUAAUAAGCUUGGUGUCCCAAACCAAUAGAGAAAGCUUCACUCAUACUGUAUCUUAACUAUAAACGUUGCCAAAGCUUAUGCAUCAUUUAUGCAGUUUUACCAUGCCAAGUAAUUCAUUCAUUCAUUUUGUACGUAGCACUUUAUUUCCUAAUGGAGCUGAUAUCCAAUGCCAUAUUUAAUGCUCAUGUGUCAAGUUUUAAUUUCAUAUAUUAACAGCUACAUUAUAGAAACAUCCUAAAAGUAUUAUAAAGGUGUUGAAGCCAUAGCUAGUAGUCGUGUUGUACUUUUGUCUGCUCUUGGUAGUGUUGUUGUUAACAGUUUUUUUUAUGUCUUAUUUUGAUCAAUAUAUUUACUUCCUGUGUCCAGUGGGCAGAUCUCAGGGAACCCACCCUUUUCCCCAAAACCUGGAAAGACUACCAGGAAAACCAAAACUGGGGGCAAAGUAGGUGUUUUCAAUAAUCUAAGGAAAUUAUAUAUUUCGUGGUUAAAUCAUGCCACUGACUUUUGACUUCCAGCCUGUUUUAGACUUCAGCUUUCUUCUUUUCUCAGACAAAAACUGGGAAGUUAAAUGUUGGCACUCUGUUUUCAGGGGUUUAUGAAGAAAUAUAAAAAAGGGCUAAUGUUGCUGAGGUACUGACGGGCAUACCAAAGUGUGAUUGAGGGCCUUUAUUCUCUCCUCCACUCCUAUUCCACUGUUACUCCACAUUUACACAGCAUAAAGCAAACUGCUAAUACCCUAAAUGAGUUUAUUUUUGAAACAUUAUGUCACCUUUUUCCUGCCCAACAUGUUGCGCAAGAUCUCACAAGUUAAUCUCACAAAAAAGACCCUGCUUCAUCUGUGUGUGUACAUUUCUGUAUAUAUUGGUGCUCUGUGGUGUAUAUAUUUUUGCUUUUCAUGAUCAGUAUCAUUUAUGUGCUGCAGUGGCAUAAGCAUAGGUCAAGCACUGGUGUUGCAAACCCCAAAGAUUUACAUUUGUCCAGUCUUAACUGAAGCCCUACAGCCAAAGUUAUCACUCUAUUUAAUAUAAAUCAUUGUUCAAAAUAUGCCACUUACAAACCACAGGAGGCUCAGCAGUCAACAGUUAAAGCCUCGACUGGCCUUCAUAUUCCUGCUCUGUGUACUGUGUUAAGGAAGUGCCAAAGCCCACCUUCUUGUCUUCUAGCUGUCUCUUUUCGUGUUGUAUGAUGCAUUUUGUUUUAAAAUGGUGUUAGAAAUUAUCUUUGAAAACAUUUGUCUAUGCUCUUCUUUGUAUCUCAUAUCUGUAUUUUGCAGUUGUAGCACUUCUUCUGCUUUUGCACUUGACAAAGUCAAAUAAAGAGUUUGACAGCUGAA